AUGAAUGGUGCACAAGCUUCACUGAGCACUCCGCCGAAGCGCGCCGGCUCGGCACCUCUUCCAUUCGACUCGUGGGUCGGCGAACGGCUCGCCACUGCCGAUGCCCCCCUUUGCACCCAACGGGACCCGUACCGGAGGGACGAAGAAGUUUCCGGUGUCGAGGAUUGCCUACAGUUGAAUGUGUACGUUCCGGAACGACCGGCCCAGGAGGGACUGCUGCCGGUGAUGGUGUUCUUCCAUGGAGGUGGCUGGCAGUGUGGGUCCGGCAUGAGAGGCUUCUACGGACCGGACUUUUUGCUCGAUCACGACGUAAUCUACAUUGGAGCCAACUUCCGGUUGGGUCCCCUUGGCUUUCUGAGCACCGAACAGGAAGACUGCCCGGGAAAUAAUGGACUGAAGGAUCAGAGUUUUGUGUUGAAGUGGAUUCAGGAGAAUAUUGCUUCGUUCGGAGGGGAUCCCGGUUCGGUGACGAUGUUUGGCGAGAGUGCGGGAGGAGCCAGUGGCACCUAUCAUAUGAUGUCUCCGAUGUCGAAGGGCCUAUUCCACCGGGUAAUAUCGCAGUCCGGAGUGAAUCUGGACGCGUGGGCUCAACCGGCACAUACGGGAGUUGCUCGGAAGCGAUCCGUUCAGUUGGGUGACAUGCUGGGAUGUCAUCAGGGACGAGACGGGAAGUUCCGGGAGAUGAUGGAUUGCUUGCGCAAGGUCUCCGGGGAGGAUGUGACGAAGGCGUUCUAUGGGUUUUUCACUUGGGACACUGAUCCGAUGAUUCCGUUUCCACCGGUCGUUGAAUCGGACCUACCAGGGGCCUUCAUCACCAAACAUCCCCGGGAUGAGUACGAACCGCAUGCGCUUGCCCUGCCCUGGAUGACCGGCUUGACGAUGGACGAGGGAGCUCUGAAGAGUGCUUCUCUCAUCAACUUACCGGAAUUGCGGGCCAGCUUGAACGAACACUGGGACAGGGCGUUGCCUGUUUCGCUGUACUAUGAUCACCACGAGGAUUCCGGCAGGCAACAGGACAUUACCAAGGCAAUUAACCGAUUUUACUUCAACGACCGGAAGCUGAUUAAGGAGACGGAGCAGAAUCUCACCAAUCUUUACUCCGACGGAUGGUUCUUGGCCGGUAUGGACGAGUAUUUGCACAUCCGACUGGGAAGGAGCAACGGCCAAAAGCGACCCACUGGCACCGUUGGACCGACGUACGUGUACCUCUUUGCCCAGCGAUCGGCCGCCAGCUUUACGGAAAUUUUCGAAGGUGGCAAAGAAAAUUACUACGGUGUCAGUCACGCCGAAGAGCUACAAUAUCUGUUCCCGAUUGGUAAGGAUCUGUUCGUGACGUCGAUUCCGACGCCGGAGGAGCUGCAGGUCCGGAAAGUCAUCAUCAAGCUGUGGGUCAAUUUUGCCAAAUUUGGAACUCCGACGCCAGAACAGGAUGACUCCUUCCCCGAGUGGCCACCGACAAACAGAUUUCCACUUACGUAUCUCCGGAUUGGAAGUUCAGGUUCGGAUGGUGAACCUCUGUUUGCCGUGGAGAAUGGACUGUUCGAGGAACGGUCCACCUUCUGGAGGGAACUACGAGCACAUCAUCCUUCGGAGGGCUUAAGGAAGGACGAGUUGUGAUAGGGUGGUCAA